ACAAGACCAGAUGAGUUUCAUUUCUCGUCAAACUUCAAUAAAUUACCGUCACCUACACAGAUCUAAAACACCAGUUCACUCUAAAGUCAUCAUUUCCUCCCAUAAGUCUGAACUUUGUCUAUAGAACUCCACAGAGGAAAAUAAGGUCUUGUGUGCUGUUGUAAAUGGAGGCUGUUUCAAUACCCGUAAUCGAUCUUCAGAAAUUCCCAGGGCAAUCUGCUGAGAUUUUGAAAGCAUGUAAAGAGUGGGGAUGUUUCAGGAUCAUCAACCACGGAAUACCUGAUAAACUGAUGACAGACAUGAAGCAGGUUGUUAGAGCUCUGUUUGAUCGACCCCUUGAAAUCAAACGGCGAAAUAUUGAUGUGAUUGAAGGGAGUGGGUAUCGGGCUCCUAACCAGAAAAAUCCUCUUUACGAAGCGUUGGGUCUGUAUGACAUGGGAUCUUCCGAAGCUGUUGAAACCUUCUGCACUCAGCUGGAUGCAUCGCCACAGCAAAGAGAAGUUAUAAAGGCAUACUCGAAUGCUUUACAUGAGCUGAUAAUGGAAUUGUGUGGAAAGCUAGCAGAGAGUAUGGGCUUGAGCUAUGAUUUGGCGCAGGGAUGGCCUUGCCAGUUCAGGAUUAACAAGUACAACUUCACACAAGAAAGUCUAGGUUCCUCCGGAGUCCAAAUUCACACAGACUCUGGCUUCCUCACUGUACUUCAAGAAGAUGAUUGUGUUGGUGGUCUUGAAGUCUUGAAUAAAUCAUCUGGUAAAUAUGUAGCUGUUGAUCCUUUACCAAGAUCGCUAUGUGUUAAUCUCGGAGACAUGGCAACGGUAUGGAGUAACGGGGUAUUUUGCAAUGUAAGGCACCGUGUGCAGUGCAAGCAGGCGGCAAUACGUAUUUCAAUUGCCCUUUUUCUACUUGGACCCAAGGAAGCAGUGGUGGAGGCUCCACGGGUGUUUGUUGACUCGAACCAUCCUCGUCUCUAUAAGCCGUUUACAUAUGAAGAUCUCAGGAAGCUUAGAAUCUCUACUGGAUUACAUGCUGGUGAAGCCCUGGAGCUUAUGCGCCUUGAAACUGGUAAUUGAUCAUAUACCCUGGGAAAUGAUCUACAUAACAUUGACAGAAUCAGAAUUUCUACUUCAAUAACUUUAGAAAUUAUUGAGAUUGGUCGUUGUUUAAGACCCCCUAAAUCAACGAGAAGCCAAACAUCUAACAUUAUUGGUGUAAGCUUGUCAUUAUUACCUAAUGAAAUUUAAAUGUUACUGGGAUAGUGAUUGGUUAGUUAAGAGCUAGUAAUUGUCUUGCACUGGGUAUGUUGUCAAUUCUUUCUAUUACUACAUAUGUGAACUCUCAGACUUGCAAGAAUAAUUUGAAUGAACACCAUGGAUACCUUAUG